AGACCUUUUAGCUGUACUCAUGUUUGACAAACAUGAAUCGAAAAGGACUUUGACUAAAUGCGUGUUGUGAUGAUGUCACAUGACACAUCUUGGCCCAAAUCUGUGGAAAAUCUUCUGUAUUUUUAAAAAGAGCAAUAUCCUGCGAAUACUGCAGCGUUCGAUUGAGUCGCAAAAUCCUGGAGGGACCGGAUAGUGGCGUUAUUCUUAUUCAGGUUCAACUCUGAGUUUAAUGGUCCACUUACCCAGCAGCAAUUUCAGCCUUAAUAGUCAAGUUACUCACGCUAGAAUGUCUCAUUGUGAACACACUCAACAUUGUUACCAUGUGCAUGGUGUGUCUUGGCAACAGGUUGGCGGAGUGAGACAUGGAGUCACGCAGCCAGGUAGCAUUCAAUCUUCUUUUAAUAACCUAUACUUUUUUUAAGUCAAAAUGUUUUUAAAGUUCAUUUUCAUUUGGCAUGUCAGCUUCAUAUUUUGCAGGAAAACAGUGACCCACUGCACAGCUUAAAACGUGUCCAUGUCAGCGAACUUUAUCUUGCAAGAAGGUAAUACUUCUGUCAGAUGUGUAUGUUUUUGAAAACCAUGACAGUAUACACUCUUUAAAAAAAUAAAAUAAAUAAUAAUUUAAAAAAAAAAACACGUUUACAAUCUAGUACACUGAAAGCGUAAAGUCAUAUAAAGAGACAUAGAAAUGAUUCCAAGUAGAAAUGUUAACCAGCAAGACCACCCUGGAGAAACCCUGAUUUCUAAGGUCAUGACUAGGUUCAACAUUGAACAUCAGUGGAAUAUUAGCUUCAACUUUGUAAUAUUGUUUUAUUCCUCUCGCAGGCAGCUCACAGAUGUUCCAGAUUUGUCUAGAUUCACCCAACUGAGAUACAUCUGGCUUAAUAAUAACAGGAUCAGGCUCAUUCAUGGACCUGUGUUUCACUGCUGUUUAGCAGAGCUGUACCUCCAAAACAAUGAGAUUAGCUCAAUCACAGGGGCUCUGAGGCACUUGAGGUGUCUGCGAGUGCUGCAGCUUCACAAUAACCACCUGUUUAAUCUGGAGGAAACCGUGGCUGAACUGAGAAACAUGCAGCAACUCCAAACACUCAAUUUGUUCCUGAAUCCCUUUACACAAGACCCCCUGUAUUGGGAAUACACAGUCCAUCGCUUGCCCUCUGUUCAAUUAUUAGACAGAAAAGAGGUGAGACAGGAGGACAGGAGACAUGCCUUUAAACUCUUCAGUCCUGAGCGACAGACAAUUCAUGACAGACUUGCCUUCGGCAGACGAGCACUGACGGAAAAGAAAAUGACUCAAGACGCACAACGAGGUAUUAAAACUGUACUGAAACAAUGCCCAUUUGAUGAGAUCGAGGACCUCUGUGAGCGCAGGGCCAUGCAGAGCUCCAUCAUGCAGUUCUCUAUUCUGGACUGGAGCAGCGUGAGAAGAGCUCAGCAGCAACCCCUGGAGGAGCAGAGUUCAAUUGCAGCCAAGAUCCUUACUGUCAAAUUCAGAUAAUACACACGACUUCCAAGUGUGGUUUCUUUACCUCCAUCUUAAACCUAGUAAAUGCAAAUAAGCAGUUUUAAUUCAUUAUUCAGGUGUGUGACCUGUUUCCCUGCAUCUUAGUUAUGGGA